GAGCUGGACGCCCGCCGCAGCAAGUGCCGCAUCCGCAUCGGGGGGCACCUGGAGCGCUGGUGUCGCCUCAAGGAGCAGCUCGGCUUCGCCCUGCACUCCCAGUUGGCCCAGUUCCUCCUCGACAGGUACAGCUCCCACGGCUGCGUCUGGAGCCCAGGGAGGGAAAAAACUCCAACUCCACCUGAUGCCCUGCAGCGCCUGGUCGUCCUGUCCCAUGGUCACGGCCAAGAGUGCGGUUUCAUCCCCGACGUGAAGCCCCCGGCCCCAGGCAGCACCUCCCAGCUGGUGUGGGAGUGUGUGGCAGGGCACAGCUUCUCCUGGGGUGUCCCCGCAGCAUCACCCAUCAGUGAUGGGGACCGGAGGGAAGAACUGGGAGCUGGUAGUGAUGAUGGCAAUGAUGGCAAUGCAGCUCCCCAAGUGCCAACGGAGACAGGGACCACAGCAAAAGAUCACGGGAGCGUACUUGUCCCAGAGGAGAAAGUGGAGCAGGGGGCUGAGCCUCAAGAAGAAGAGGAGGAAGAGGAGGAGGAGGACUUUGCCGAGGAUGAUGACCUCACCUACACCGAUGACCUGCGUGAUGAGAACUACCACCCAUCUCUGGACAGUGACUCUGAGCCACAGCGACGACAAAGCCAGACCAAAACCCGUAAGAAAACCGUAAAGGAGGAGCAGCCUCCAAAUGAGCCAAUCCUGACCGGCUCUAGCCCAUUGGAGGAGAAGAGUGGACGAGUCAGCUGCAAGAGGCGAGCACGGCCGUGCGACGAGGACGUGGCCCAGAUCGGCCCAAAAAGAAUCAGGAAGGCGGCGAAACGCGAGAUCCUCCUGUGUGACUUUGAAGGCUGCGGCAAGAUCUUCUCCAACCGCCAGUACCUGAAUCACCACAAGAAGUACCAGCACGUCCACCAGAAGACCUUCACCUGCUCGGAGCCCAGCUGCGGCAAGUCCUUCAACUUCAAGAAGCACCUCAAGGAGCAUGAGAAACUGCACAGUGACAAGCGGGACUACAUCUGCGAGUUCUGUGCCCGUUCCUUUCGUACCAGCAGCAAUUUGAUCAUCCACAGGCGCAUCCACACAGGAGAGAAACCCCUGCAGUGCGAGAUCUGCGGCUUCACUUGCCGCCAGAAAGCCUCUCUGAACUGGCACAUGAAGAAACAUGACGCCGACUCCUUCUACCAGUUCUCCUGCAACAUCUGCGGCAAGAAGUUCGAGAAGAAAGACAACGUCACUGCCCACAAAAGCAAAAGUCACCCCGAAGCGCCCGGCGCUCCGCCCCAAACUGAAGCGAGCCAACGGCAGACAGUGCCAUCCCCACCGCUGAGCUUCAGUGCAGGGAUGCAGGCAGGGCUGGAGCACCCGGAGGCACCCGCAGCGUUGGCCGUGGAACCCCUGGAGAUGCCGGGGCUUGGGGACACCCUGGGGAGCAGUGGUGAACUGGAGAAGACCCCAUCUGCCAUUGCAGCCUCGGCUGAUUAUCGAGGGGGUAUCGGAAGGGAGCCAGGCGCACCCCGAGGCCGGGUGAUGGAUGGUAUCGGUUCGUAG